AUUACCCGCUUUGUUGUGAAUCUGAGGAAAGCACUAUUGACCAUCUGCCGGUAGUUGAGCGGAGAGUGAGGCGAACUUGGAAUCCGCGCCAUGGAUACAGUGACCUAUGAGGAUGUGCAUGUGAACUUCACCAAAGAAGAGUGGACUUUGCUGCAUCCUUCUCAGAAGAGUCUCUACAGAGAUGUGAUGCUGGAAACGUGCAGGAACCUCACUGCUAUAGGCUACAAAUGGGAAGACCACAAUAUUGAAGAAAGUUGUCAAAGUUCUGGAAGAUAUAAAAGGAAUAAUAUCUGUCACUCUGGACCCCAGCCUUGUGAGUAUCAGGGAUAUGGAAAGAAGCAAUGUACUGUUGCAAGUAACAGUGUUCUUCAAACUUACGGAAGAGUCCAUACUGACGAGAAAUCCUGUAAACGUAAUCAGUGCAGUAAACCCAUUGCAAAUUCUAAUAGUCUUCGACAACAUGAAAGAAGUCAUAGUAGAAGAAAACUCUAUGAAUGUAAUUACUGUGGUAAAGCUUUUCCAAGUCGAAGUUCUCUUCAAGUACAUGAAAGAACUCAUACAGGAGAGAAACCCUAUGGGUGCAAUGAAUGUGGGAAAGCCUUUUCAACUCGCAGUCAUCUUCAAAUUCACCAAAGAACUCACACUGGAGAGAAACCCUAUGGGUGCAGUGAGUGUGGGAAAGCCUUUGCAAGUAAAGGUAAUCUUCAAACGCACCAAAGAACUCACACAGGAGAGAAACCAUAUUGCUGCCAUGAAUGUGGGAAAGCCUUUGCUACUCACAAUAAUCUUCAAAUACAUGAAAUCAUUCAUACUGGAGAAAAACCCUAUGAAUGUAAUGAAUGUGGUAGAGCAUUUGCAUACAGCAGAGCUCUAGAAGCACAUGAGAAAACUCACACUGGAGAGAAACCCUAUGAAUGUAACCAAUGCAGCAAAGCCUUUGCAAGCCAUGCUAGUCUUCGAAAUCAUCUAAAACAUCAUACUGGAGAGAAAUUCUUUGUAUGUACACAAUGUGGUAAAGCCUUUACAAGUCAGAGUAUUCUUCACAGGCAUGAAAGAACUCACACUGGUGAGAAACCUUAUGAAUGUAGUCAAUGUGGUAAAGCCUUUGCACUUCAAAGUUAUCUUCAAAUACACAAAAGAACUCACACUGGAGAGAAACCAUAUGAAUGUAAUCAUUGUGGUAAAGCCUUUACAAGUCAUGCUAAUCUUCAAAAUCAUGAAAAACAUCAUACUGGAGAGAAACCCUAUGGAUGUAAUCAAUGUGGUAAAGCCUUUGUAUGUAGUAGCAGUCUUCAAAUACAUGAAAGAAGUCAUACUGGAAAUAAACCUUAUGAAUGUAAUCAGUGUGGUAAAGCCUUUACAAGUCGCAGUUAUAUUCAAAUACAUGAAAGAAUUCAUACUGGGGAGAAACCCUAUGGAUGCAAGCAAUGUGGUAAAGCCUUUGCAUAUAGCAGUAGUCUUCAAAUACAUGAGAGAAGUCACACUGGAGAGAAACUUUUUGAAUGUACUCAUUGUAGUAAAGCUUUUGCAAGUCGUAGUUAUCUUCGAAUACACAAAAGAGUUCAUACUGGAGAGAAACCCUAUGAAUGUAAUCAUUGUGGUGAAGCCUUUGCUAGUCGAGGUAGUCUUCAGAAUCAUGAAAAACAUCAUACUGGAGAGAAACCUUAUGGAUGUAACCAAUGUGGUAAGGUCUUUGCACGUCGCAGUAAUCUUCAAAUACAUGAAAGAAUUCAUACUGGAGAAAAACCCUAUGGAUGUAAGCAAUGUGGUAAAGCCUUUGUAUUAAAGCGUGAUCUUCAAAUACAUGAAAGGAUUCAUACCGGAGAAAAACCCUAUGGAUGUAAGCAAUGUGGUAAAGCCUUUGUAUGUAGUAGCAGUCUUAAAAUACAUGAAAGAAGUCACACUGGAGAGAAACCUUGUGAAUGUAAUCAGUGUGGUAAAGCCUUUGCAAGUCGAAGUUAUCUCCAAAUACACAAAAGAGUUCAUACUGGAGAGAAACCAUAUGAAUGUAAUCUUUGUGGUAAAGCCUUUGUAAGUCAUAGUUAUCUUCAAGUACACAAAAGGACUCAUACUGGACAGAAACCAAAUGAAUGUAAUCAGUGUGGUAAAGCUUUUGUAAGUCACAGUUACCUUCAAAUACACAAAAGACUUCAUACUGGAGAAAAACCCUAUGGAUGUAAUCAGUGUGGUAAAGCCUUUACAUAUAACCGAGAUCUUCAUAGGCAUGAAAUAAUUCACACUGGAGAGAAACCCUAUGAAUGUAAUCAGCGUGAUAAAGCCUUUGCAAGUCAAAGUUAUCUUCAAAUACACAACCGAGUUCAUACUAGAGUGGAACCAUAAGAAUGUACUCACUGUGGUUAAAGCCUUUGCAUAUCACACUACUCUUUGUAAUCACAAAAAAAUUUGUACUGGAUAGGAUUAUGGAUGUAAUUGAUGUAAUAAAAGUUUGAUCAUCAGCAUAAUCUUGAAACACAUCCCAGAGAAAAGUCAAUGUCAUAGUGCCUCUGUAUGUCAUAGUCUUCUCCAAAAUCAUGAAAGCAUUCCUACUGGAAAUCAUCACUAUGAAUCUAAUAGAUGCACUAAAGCCUUGCACAGCAAGCACAUAUUUCCCACUGAGCCAUCUUCUUGUGCUUAUAGAAGAUUAGCAGAACUAUGUCAUCCUUCAAAAAAAUUGUCUUGUUUUUUUAUUAUAUACAAAUUGUCAACCAAGAAUAGAACACCACAGUAAUUUGAAAAAUAAAAACCUACUUACAAAUGAUAAUUAUAUACUGCCAUCCAUUUCUAUGGGUUGGUUUAUUCUGAGGAAUAAAUACUUGUUCGUAACACUUUCUAAGAAACACAAAUGAACGGCCGAGAAUUAUCACUGUGGGUAAAGGAGGUUGCUGCUAAGCCUGGUGAUCUGAGUCUAUUCCGUGGGAGACAAACAUGCAGGUUUUUCUCUGAUCACUAUACACGUGCUAUGACAUAUGCAUACCCACACAGCAACACAUACAUAAAUAUUUCUGAAACUUAAGCACCAGUGAGUUCACUCACCAGUUGAAGAUUCUUGCUGCAAAACUUGACUAUGUGGGUCAAACUUACCCUGAGGAAAUAUGAAUAGACACGUGUAAGUUGGCUUCUGACUGACAGGUGCACACCCUAGCACAGGUGUAUGCAUCCAGGUAAAAAUUAUUGAACAUGAAAUUAAGAAAACAAAAUAGCCACAGUGUUGAGAACAUAAAUGAUUUACCGCUUGUAAUUAAUCUAUUGUUGUAUUCCAGGAGGUGCUUUUUUUGUUCAUCAAAGAAUGAUGGUUUGUGCAUAAAUCUUACAUAAUUCUUUCAUUCUCUGAUUCAAAGAUAGGCCAUUGUAAAAACACCUCAGUUAGAUGGAAAGGUACUUGCCUAUAAUCACAGCACUUGUAAGAAAGUGAGUUCCAGGAUGACAUGGUUAUGUAUAGAGACCCUGUCUCCAUCUACCCCCCAAAAUCCAAAAGCCAACCAUCCUACCACUACCAUCAACAACAACAAAAAUCCCAAGACAUCAAGAACAAAAUACCCCUAAAACAAACAACCAUAUCUCUGUUUUUGGAUCUUUUCUUAGUAUAAUCUGAACUCAUCUCUACUCAACUAAAUUUUCUUCACGCUCAUAGAACUUCUAAAAAUAACAGUGAAAAGCAAUAGCAGAGUCCAUUCAUAAUAGGAUAGAUAUCCAUUCAGUUCUUCAAUGAUCAUUUAUCAGGGACCCUAUAAGUGAUAGAAGACCAAGGGAAUAAUGGGGCUUCUUCAUUUUCUGCAUUAUAGUUGCAUAUUUGUGGUCUGGAAUGUUGACAUAGUAGUACUUCUCUUCCUAGCAGUUACAACAGAUGGGUCAGAAGUACCUCUAAUUCCUGAUACAGAAGUUCAGAUACAUUCUUCUGGCUUCCUUGGACAUCUGGUAUGCAAAGAUUGUAAAGGCACACACAUACACAAAAGGACUCCAUAUUUUAAAUAUGUAUAUGUAAAUGUAAAAAUCAUGUUAUAUUUUUAGAAAAUAAAAAUAAUUUACGUGUAUUACUGAGAAACAGUCCUGGAGUGGAGUUACAUGAGAAUUCUGAAUGCUUGUGAAAACACAACUAAAAAAACAUGAGAAGAUUCUUAUGACCUUAGAUUCUUCAAAUCACAGUCUUGUUCUUGGAAUGUAUUUUCAUGCUCUGAAAUGUAGGAGCUAGGAGUGAGAUUACUCUUUGUUGCUUUUAGUUGCUCAUUUAAAAGUUUAUAGUAUGCUUUAAAUGCUUCUGUAGGAAAACAUGUUUGUCAUGUGUGUUUGUACUCUUGUACACAGCUUUAUUCAUGAGAACUUAGGUGACAUUUCUUAAUCUUCAGAGUUUAAAUUGCCUCUGGCCGUGUAAAGUUGACUAUUGCAUGAGACUUCAGUCCAGCUCUCCUAUUGGCUCAGUUCUCCCAGGUCCCCCAGCUCUAAGCCAGUGAGAAGAACUAAACAGGGACCAAAUGUCAACAAUGAGUGAAGUGAGUGAGAAUGAUGGGUAGGAAAGGCUUUGCCUUUUUUCACGCUUAUGCAUCAUUUUUGAGAAAGGAGAAUGUGUAUUAAGAUGACAACUGUUAGAGUUCUUUUUUUUCUUAAUUUUUAAUAAAUGCAUUUUAUACAUCAAACAAUAAUAUUGAAUAUUUUGAGAAUCAAGAAACAAAAAUUUUGUU